CUUUCCCGGUCCCGCCCCCACCGCUAUGGCGUCUCUUCUGCUCCGCAGGGUGGUUGGGAGCUGCCGCCUCCUCUUCUUCCUCCAUAGAGGAAGCUCCGGCAGCAGCAACAGCAGCCGCGGUGUCACAGGCACAGGCUCCCUGACUAAACAAGCUGAAGCAACUGCUGCUACAGACUGGGAAAAAAAAUUGACUCCAGAGCAAUUCUAUGUAACCAGACAAAAAGGAACUGAACCGCCAUUUAGUGGGAUCUAUCUGAAUAACACAGAAUCAGGAAUAUACUACUGCGUGUGCUGCAAUGCCCCGCUGUUCAGCUCAGAAAAGAAGUACAAUUCUGGGACUGGAUGGCCAUCGUUUUCUGAGGCUUAUGGUACCCGUGACAGAGAUGAAAGCAAUACCAAUAUCAUGAGACGACCAGAUAACUCAUUGGGCUCAACUAGAACUGAAGUUGUCUGCAAACAGUGUGACGCCCAUCUAGGCCAUGUGUUUGAUGAUGGUCCCAAACCUUCUGGGCAGAGGUUCUGUAUCAACAGUGUUUCAUUAAACUUCAGACCAGGCUCUGGUCAGUGAGAAGUGGAUGUCUGUGGCUUACAGAACAUCCUUUCACUGCUCAUACCACAGGCUUGUCAAAAACUUAUGCUUUUAAUAUAGAACUCAGAUUUUAGUACUUACACCACUGCAGCUUUGCUUUCCAGCUAUUAUCAGUGUUGAUAAAAUACAUACUUUCGUGUUAAAUCUUUGGCAGUCUGCCUGUUCAUGGUUCGUGUGAUGUAAGUGUUGAUCUGUUUAUUGUAUUUUUUUUAAUUAAAAAUAAAAUAUCUAUGCAAUAGUUCACAUUCAUAAUUACCAAUAUGAACUGCACUGAGGCUGCUGAAAUGGAGUACUCUCCUGAACCUGACUUUGCCUAUGCUCAACAGUAGUUGUGGCACCCAGGAAUACAGAUGUACAAAAGCCAAAGCUUUUACUUCUGUAAAAUCAUCAUAUCCUUCUAAAGGGAAGUAAAAAUAACAUGAAUCUCCAAAAUAAGGUUUGAGAUGGGUCUUUUUUUCCUGAUGUGAGAGGCCUUUAGCCAAGCCAAGUGACUUUUCCAUGAACCCAUAGAAGCAGAAGGAGGGCCUAAUUAAAACUAUUCCAGGCAAUGGAACCAGUGGAGACACGGAGUCUUUCUUCUUUAAAAUCAAUGACUUUGAUUCUGUGUUUAAUAGCUGAAGUAGGGUUUGCUCUAGGAACUUUCUCUUACAGAAAUGAUAUGAUAAUAAUGUAACAGUCUGUGUAAUAUCUCCAGACUUCUGUUAUCACUUGUGUAUUUCAAAAUAAAAAUGAAUGUGAAAUUGACUGUAUUGGGGGAUCAAAAAACAUGUUCAGUAAAGUGAUGCUUUUGUUGAAAACA